CUUUGCAUUAUUUCAAUUCAUGGACGACAGCGAAUACUACUCAGAUAUUCUGGACGAAGAGGACCUGGACUCGGAAGAGCUGGAGAUGCUCGACGAGCAGAACCGGGCAGACAGCAGCGACAGCAGCGGGGACGAGGACGAGAACCAGAUUGACGCCUCAGUGCUGCAGUCGGCUAUCGCUAUGGCCAGCAUGGCCACAGGAUCAACCGAACUCGCCAACAAGCUUACUGUCAACUGGGACACAGAGGCGCCCAACAGCGACGGACGAUGCAAGUGCGCCCGGCACCACGACGGGCAGCACCACAAGCCCGGCACAUACGCCCUAGAGGGCGGGUUCCUGACAGACGACGAGGACAGCAACUACGAAGAAGAAGACGACGAUCUCCUAGGCGACAUGGAUGGGUUCAAAGACGCAUUGCGUGGGAUGUCGGGUAUCGGGCGGCAGAAGCGCGGGCGGCCAUCGAACCGGCACCGGGCAAAGCCCGAGGCACAGCGACUACUGGGUAUGGCCAACACGUUGUUUGUCGAUAGGCAACUGGACGCAGCAUAUGAGGUUCUGUGCGAGGCAAUUCGUGUGGACGCCAAUGCGCAGGAGGCAUGGUACACCAUGGCGCUGAUCCGUGACGAGCAAGGGAGGCCCGACGACGCAGUGCAUUUAUACACACUGGCGGCUCACCUGCAGCCGUCGAACCACGAGCUGUGGGAGCGUCUCAGCGCCAUGCACUGCGAGGCGGCCGAGCGCAAGCAGGCCCUGGGGCAGGCCAGCGACGAGGACUGGCAAGGCGGCGCUCUACUGCAUCAGCAACGCAAUCCGCAAUGGCCGCCGCGACCCGGAGCUGCUCAAGCGAAAGCUGGCAUUGCAGGAGCGCACAGCGCGGCACGGCAUGCAGUGCAGAGCCGAGGGGAUGCAGCAGCGGCUCUGGGGUGGUUCACGGCAGCCGUUUCGCACUACAACGAGCUGGUGCGCAGCUACACAAAAAUGCAGUUGACAGUGUCGAUGGAGGCUAGUGGAGGGCUACGACUACUCGGACAUCAACAUGAUAGCCGAGCUGUACAUUAUGCGGCACGCGUAUCAGGACGCGAAUCGCUGCGAAUCAAGCUUGGCGCGCGGUUCAUCCAGGGCCGCGGUAACGAGACUACGUGGGACAGCGACGACCUGGACGCCGAGUUCUACCAGCCCGGCGGCGGCCACGAGCUGCCGGUGGAGCUGCGCGCCAAGCUGGGGCAGUGCCGGCUUCUGCUGGGGCAGACGGAGCAGGCGCACGUGCAUCUGCAAGUCGUCGACCAGCAGGACAUGGGCGUGUAUGCGGAUGUGUUCCUGGACAUCGGCCGCAGCAUGGUCGACGUCGGCCACGCGCAGGAGGCGGCCGGAUCUGCUGGAGCGCCUUGCGUCUGCUGCCUGCAGCCGACACGGUCGAGCUGUGGGAGCCGCUGGCGCGUGCAUGAGGAGCUGGGCCAUGUGGACAAGGCGUUUGCGCUGCUGCGCGAGGUCGAGGAGAUCCAGGCCGAGGACGCGCGCGACCAGGCGCAGCAGCAGCAGCAGGCCGAGCAGCGACGCAGCCCAGGGACUGGUGCGUCGCGCAGCCCUGACAGCAGCACCGAGCGGCACCUGGCGCUGGCACGCAAGGCCGGGCUGUGGUUCGCCAAGCUCGCGGAGCUGGAGCCGCGGCUCGGUGAUGCUGCAGCGCGCGCCGAGUACCGGCAGACGGCAUACCUUCUGUACAUGGACUGGAAGCGCGUGCCGUUCUUCUACAUGGCGGACCGGUCCACGUCCCGUUCCGCGGCUACCGCACGCAGGCCAUCAACGCAGCUAGAGAACGGGCAGGCGGUGGGCGACAAGGCAUCGAUGGCGCAGCGGCGCAUGGCUCGCAUCAAGAAGCGUCUGGCCAAGAAGACCAGCGAGGACGACGACCUGGUGCCGACAUCGUAUCUGAUGCAGCAGCUUUGGCGAGUGGCACGACAUAUUCCUGCACCUACGAAGGCCGUGCGGUACAUCUGGGGCAGCCGGCCGGCCAAGGCGGCGGUGUACCGCCUGGCGUCGUAUGCCAUGUGCCGGUCCAGCAGCCUCAGCCAGCUGAUGUCGUCGCCGCCCAUGUACAAAUUCAUGCGUCGCCAGCUCUCGCUCCUGGCCGACGGCGUCUACGGCUCAUCCGACACGCUGCCGCACGCGCUGGCGCACCUUCCAAAGCGCUGGUGCCCGAGGAUGCCAGUCGCGGCGCUGCAGCUGGGGAUUGCAUAUCUUGCCUUUGCCAUCCGCUCCGAUAUGCCCAACCGCCACCGCGUGCUGAUGCAGGGCUUCACGUAUCUCCAGCGCUACGCCGAGCUGCGCUGCAAGCAGGCGGCCAGGAAUGCGCAGCGGCCGGUGCCUGAUGAUAUGGUUGCGAUUCAGGAGAUUGCCUACAACUAUGCCCGCGCCUUCCAUUCCGUCGGCGCCGAGCAUCUGGCCAUUGAUUUCUACGAGCGCGUCUUUGAGCUGCCGGUUGCCCUGGACUCUGCUGCUACCGAUGACGACUUUAGCGACCUGCGGCGCGAGGCUGCAUAUAACCUGGCGGAGCUGCUCGAGAAACACUGCACCAUUUGA